UUACGACUAUCGCCUCAGCUCCCAAGUUCGAGAUUUAGAUGUGGAUCCAUGUCCAGGCCAGACUCCAGGGAUCUCCGUUGAAAUCUGUGCUGACAACUGACAACUGGUAGAGAAAAACUCACUGUCCGUCACAACCGUGUUCUGAACUCCAGUGGUGAGAGAACCGCCAGUGCGCUGUGGCUGGAGUGGAUGCGGAAGGCUCUCCGAUCUCAUUAGGCACGUCGAGGGAACUCACCGGGCAGCAACCAUGGACGACGCUGCACCCCCACGUUCGAUGACUGCCCACGUAUUGGACUUCCUCUUCGAGUAUCAGACCCUCAAGAUAGUGAAUAUUGGGAAUAAAAAAAUUGGAUUACUCAACAGAUGCAUUCAAGGAAUUAUUGUGGCAUACAUCAUUGGAUACGUUAUCGUGUACAGCAAGGGUUACCAACACUUCAGUCCCUACAAUUCGGCUACCACCUCGAAGGUUAAAGGCGUCAUUUCAACGAAAAAUCUCACUGACGACGACUUCGUCGAAAACUUCAGAAACAAAGACGAUUAUAGGAGAAUUUGGGAUGUCUCUGAAAUCGUGAUACCGCCCAGCGAGGCAGAUGCUUUCUUCUUGACAACGAAUCUCAUCAUGACCAGACAAGGCCGCGACGUGUGCUUCGAAGAUCCAUCUACACCGAACGUCCAGUGCAGAGGACCGUCCGACUGUCAGAAGGGGCGCGUGGACCUUCUGGGAAACGGUGUGCAGACCGGGAAAUGCGUGAAUACGACAGAGCCUUUCAAACUUGAGUCUGUCUGCGAAAUCGACGGUUGGUGUCCACCGGAGUACGACAGAGGUCCGCUGAAAGACAAUAAACCGCUAUUUGCCAAGGUCGAGGAUUUUACUGUGCUCCUGAAGAACUAUGUGGAGUUCUCUCUGUUCAACUUGACUCGACGGAACAUACGGGAUUCUGACACUUCGAAAUAUUUGACAUCCUGCAAUUAUGACCCCGUGAAGGACCCUGCAUGUCCUGUCUUCCGGAUCGGAGACAUCUUGAAGUUCUGUGGGAUCGACAUGUCCCAGAUCGGUAGCAAAGGCGGUGUCAUAAGGAUCACUAUCAAUUGGGAUUGUAAUCUGGACUUCAGUCUUGACUACUGCACGCCGACCUACCACUUCAUGAGAAUCGAUGAUCCUUUUGCAAAAGUUGCAAAAGGCUGGAACUUCCGUUACGCGACGGCACAAGGCGACAACAAUCGGACCCAGUUCAAGGCCUACGGGAUAACUUUCCGAAUUUCAACGCUCGCUCGCGGAGGAAAGUUUUACAUGGUCAACCUCGCCGUGAACAUUGGCUCGGGUCUGGGGCUCCUGGCUUUGGCUACCUUCGUGUGCGACUUGGUCGUUCUGAAUUGUAUGAAAAAGAAGGAACUGUACAAGAGGAACAAGUUCCGCUUCGUCGAUCCCCUCGAAGACCCUGAAGCCUUGGAUGAUUCUUCGCUGGAUUACGGAAGAAUACAAUAAUCCGAAGGACUUUUGGCUUGAGCACCGAUAACCCCACCAUCCAGCUGCACGACAUCCACGCUUUUGCUCUUUAUCGGCAUUCGCUCAUGACUUCUCGUAUCCUUCCCACAUUGCUCUUAUCACGAUGAAUCAUUCCCAAUAUCGCUUGAAAUCUGACAUUCUUCGAUGGUUUCAACUUACCAGUCUUCUCUAAGAGAGCAUACAAU